AUGUCAUUUGAAAUGCUUGCAGAAAUCAAUAAUUUGAUUUUUGUAACUAAGGAAAUGGAUCUGACACUCUCACAUUCUGAUUUGAAUGCAAAUUCUGGAGAUGUUUGUGAUGAAGUGAAGCCGAAAUGUGUGCAAAAUGAUUUUGUACAAAAUAAUUCUGACUUGUCUAUUGGAACUUGUGGCGAGAAGAGCUUAGAUCAAAAUAAAAAUAAUGAAAGUCAUGAUCUUGCGAGCAAUUAUAUUUCUGAAAAUUCCUUAGCUACAGAAAUUAAAGGCCCAGAUUUUGAUAAGAAUGAAACAAGUUCUCUCAUUCCUUGUCACACUAUUAAACAUUCAUCAAAAAAUAUUCUAAAGGAAGAUACUUCUCUAUUUUUAGAAAAUGCAGGAUCUUCCCCAUUGCAUACAAACAAUGGAAAAGAUUCAGCAAAUCUUAACCAAGAUAAUGAAAAUUACUCAGUUCACCAACAAAGUGCAAUAUUAAAAAAUACUCCUGAUUUAGAAAAUUGUGUAUCAAAUACUCAAAAUGUUGAUAAUCCUCUGAUAGAUUCUCAUUGUAGUCAUACACUAGCCAGUGAUGUUACUCUAGCUAAGGAUGAUACUUUGGUACCUGAACAAAUUUCGGAAAAAUCAUUGCAAAAUAUCCAAAGCAGAACGGAUGAUCCUCCAGUCUGCUUAGAAGUUGAAGGUAUUGUAUCUUCUGAACUGUUAAAUGAAACUUUAAACAAUAAUUCUGUAAAUGAUGCUCCUAGAUUAAAAUGUCUUUCAAAAGUUGUAUAUAAAAAUACUUGUGAUAUGUUUUUAAAUUCAGUUAUGCCUUCUACAGUUUCAUCUGAACUUACUGAAUGUAAUUCUAGUGAUAUCAAUAGCACAGAAUCGACAAAACUUGUGAAUCAUAGUAACUCUUCUAACAACAAAAGUAUUGUAACAAACUCUUUGGAAACCCAUAGUACAAAAGAUCUUUUGGUUCAAAACCAGUUUUCUAAUAAUUCAAGUUUUCUUCAAAGUUUAGAAAGUGAUUGCAGAAAUGUAAAUAAUGUUUCUGAACUUGUUAAUGGUAAACACCUAAUUUCUUCAAAGCAAAGCUUUUCUUCCUCUUCUGAAAGUUUUGAGUAUGACAACAGUAGUAAGAAUCUUGUUCAAUCCCCAACAAAUAGUAUAAGCACAGAAAAUUCUGAACAGAUGUGUGAUGAUAUGACUGGAGAUAUUGACUUAACCAGGCAUUAUGCAGCUGAGGGUACUCACCAAAUCAGUGAGCAAGAAUCUGUGGAUCCCAAGUUAUCAUCAACGUUAGAGAGGUACAUAUCUCAUAUCAAAACCCUGAAAUGUGAAAAUGAAAGUUUAAAACAAGAAAUAUCUCGUUUGAAUAGCACUCUUACUUCUCAAGAAGCAACUCAGAAGAAAGUUGCAUCACAAAUUCGAGCCCAGUUUACCAGUAAAUUAGAAAAGUUAGCAAAAGACUGCAAUAUGCUUCAAAAAGAAAAGGAAUCCAUUGUUAUUCGUUAUGCAAACAGUGAAAAAGAGGUCAUAAUGGAAAAAAAAGCUCAGCAAGAUUUGGAAAAAAAGUUAAAGGAAGCAAAUAAGGAACGUGAAUCAUUACUGUUGAAAUUAAAGAAUAUUGCUUCAGAAAAUAAUAAACUUACUGUUGCUCUGGAAAAUAAAACUGUUGAAAUUGUUAAAUUACAAAAACAAGUGGAUAAAUUGAAUGGAGAUUGCAGUUCCAGAGAUGUCAAGAUUAAGUGGCUUCAAAAUAAACUAAAGAUUGAAACAGCUUCUCAUCAGGAAACACAGUUAAAAUUUGAUCACACUCAACAAAGAUUAAAUGAGAUGCGUGAAGAAGCUGAACAAGUUCGUCGAGAUUGCCAGGAAAUGAUAAAAUGCUAUCAAGAAGCAGAAGAAAUAAAAUCCGUUAAACUGGAUUCCCAGUUAAAGAUAAAGUUGUCGGAGCUAGAAGUUCAAAAACAAGAGAAAUCAGAUCAAGAACAAAUCUAUCAGUUGUUAAGGCAAGAAUUAGAAGCUCUCAAGAAAAAGCAAAGAAUGACGAUGGAAGAUAAUAAUUCUUUGACAUUAAAGAUACAUAGUUUGGAAAAAGAGAGGUUAGAAUAUGAGCAGACAUUAAGUAAAUUGAAGGAUAGUCAAAAUUUAUUGAAACAAGAAGUUGUUGAUCUCACCGCUCGUCUUGCAGAAAUGGAAAGUUUACGUCUUCAAUUAGAAAGAGAAAGAGAAAAGUCAGCUGCUAGCUUGCGUGAAGUCGAAAGACUUCGUUUAACAAAUGCAGAGUUGCAAGCUGAUAUGGAUGCUUGUCACUCAAAAGAAGGUGAACUCCUGGAUUUUACCGAGAAACUUACUGAAAAAACCGUUCGAUUACAGAGUGAUCACUGUUUGCAAGAAGUAAAGGUUCAAGCAUUGGAAGAAGAAGUAUCUCAAGCCAGAAAAAUAAUGGCUGAAAUGCAACAGAAAAACCAGCUAUUAGUUACAGAACUUGAAAAUGCCAGAAAAGAAAGACAUGAAGAGAUGCAGUUGUUAGCUAGAAAGUUAGCUGAAAAAACCAAAAAUGUUGAAAAGUUGAAUGUCAGACUGGAUGAAACAGAAAAUGAAAAUAGAGUUUUAAAAAGAAGACACAUAGCAAGCAUAAAAGAAUUGUCAAGAGAAUUAUAUCAGUGUAAGAGACGGCUAGAAAGUUUUGAGUCUAAUAACUGCAUUCGAGCUGACUCUGCAAGUUUAGGCUCACGAACAAGUUCUACAGCUUCACUUGAUGUAGUUAGCUCUAAUGAAAAUGGGAUUAAAUUUACUGUCUCUCCAACUCCCCCUUUUACUGGAGGUAAAGCUGCUCCAGUUAACCAAAGCAAGGGACAAGCUGCUGACAUUCCAGUUGAGCUAGAUAAAGAAAUGUUAAUCGAAAGAAUUAUUAAACUUCAAAAAAUUUUAGCAAGGAAAAAUGAUAAAAUUGAUUUUCUUGAAGAUCAUAUUGAACAAUUAAUUAGAGAAAUGAGAAAAAAAUCUCGAUGUGUGGAUUUUAAACCUGUGUGAUCAAGUAUUAACAAAAUUUAUUUAUCCAAUGAUAUUUUGGUGUGUAUGAAUUUGUCAUUUUUAAAGCAGAUUUGUUAUGUUAUAUGACAUUUAGUAUUGCAUGUUGUGUGUAAAUACUGAUGUAUGCUUUCAAAGAUAAUCUCUAUAAUUUCAAAUAUGCGGAUGAUGAAUGAAGAAAAAAUAUAUGUAUAUAUAUACAUAUGCUAAGAAACAUUAACAUAAACUGAAUUUUAAAAAUUUAUAUACAUAUGCAUGCAUAUCAAAAUUGUUUCUAACUGGCAAAAAAUGAGUUAGCAUGCAUCUAAUGUUCUUAGUU